AUGGUCAUCGAUUCGGGAAAGGAGUCGGUUGCACACCACAUCCAGGCUGCCAGCAAUGAAGCCCCCAAGACGAGACAGUUGCCUGUGACCCUCCUAUCCGGGUUCCUGGGCAGUGGCAAGACAACUCUCCUCAAGCAUAUUCUCAAGUCCUCCGAUCAUGGACUGCGCAUUGCGGUCAUUGUGAAUGACAUGAGCCAGUUGAACAUCGAUGCUGCUCUGAUUAAAAACCACAAGGUCUCUCAAACCACCGAGAAGCUCAUUCAGCUGCAGAAUGGGUGUAUUUGUUGCACCCUGCGCGGCGACCUGCUCGCUGAACUGGCACGUCUGACCAAGCAGAACGAGAUUCAAUAUGUUAUCAUCGAGAGCACGGGGAUCAGCGAGCCCAUGCAAGUCGCCGAGACUUUCACAGCGGAGUUCAGCGCCGCCAUGCUGGAGGCUGAGGAUCAGAUCGCGGGUAAUGACGAGGAAGCGAAGGAGAUCCUGAAUGAAAUCGUCAACCUGGGCGGACUUCACACCCUCGCGCGUCUGGACACCACUGUGACAGUCAUUGACGCGUUCAACCUGCUGUCCAACUUCGACACGACCGAGUUCCUGUCUGACCGAUAUGGAUCUGACCAGAUCGUGCCGGAGGACGAGCGCACGAUUUCCGAUCUCAUGGUAGACCAGAUUGAGUUCGCCGAUGUGCUGAUCAUUAAUAAGAUUGAGACAAUCGACGAGCGCAUGCGCGAGAGAAUCCGGCAGCUGCUAAAGCUGCUUAAUCCCAACGCCAAGAUCCUCGAGUCGAGUUAUUCCAAGGUCGACGUCCACGAAAUCGUUGAUACGAACAAGUUUGAUUUCGUGCGUGCUGCCUCUGGCGCUGGCUGGCUGCGCAGCUUGCACGAGAUGACUGUUCAGACGACUGGGAAUGGUGAUCGCAUGGCUCCACGGCCAGAGACACUGGAGUAUGGGAUCAACAACUUCGUCUACUCUGCUCGUCGACCAUUCCAUCCACGCAGGCUUUUCGCUCUUAUUCACGACAAAUUUAUUCUCUUGCAGAAUAAUGAAAUCGAAGAAGAAGAGGAUGAAGAGGAUGAAGCCGAGGAAGACGACGAUGCAAUGGACACAGACUCUGACUCCGUGCAGGACUUUGACCAGCCCGAUCCAGGAACCAUCCUGGCGAACAAGCGCUCACACCCGGCAUUCGGUCCCAUACUCCGCUCCAAAGGCUUCUUUUGGCUGGCCACUCGACCAUUCCAAUUUGGCGAGUGGAGUCAAGCAGGAGGUAUGCUGACUGUCGGCUGUGGAGGGCCUUGGUUCGCUGAGGUGCCCGAAGAGGCCUGGCCUGAAGAUAAAGAUGUCCAAGAGUCCAUCCGGAAUGACUUCCAGGGACCCUGGGGAGAUCGGCGCCAGGAACUGGUGUUUAUUGGCGAAGGAGUAGAUCAGGAUCGGAUCGUAGCGCUGUUGGAUGAGUGUUUACUCGAUGACUACGACAUGAAAAAGUGGGAGAAAGUGAUGAGGAGGAAGUGUAAUUUGGAGAAAAAGGUCAAGCAGUUAGCAAGUAUAUGGGAGGAUGGAUGGGAAGAGUGGCCUGAGCCAGGAGAGGAACACCACCACUAG